AUGCCAACUGCUAAAGGUGAGAAAACAAAAUUUCUUCCAGUGAAACCAGUGGAUCCAAACAUUCCAAUGGGACAACAAAAUGAUAACUUCAGUGUGAUUAAUGAUUACACGGGUUUGGAAAUAUACUGUGCCACCACCAAUCAUCAAACAAAGAAGUCUCGAUCCUUUUUCACCUCCAUGGAUCCUUCCGUAUCCGUGGUUACUAGAGUGGAGACUGAGACCCUAUAUUUUACCAAUUUGGAGGAAAAUAUAUGUGGUUUCAUACAAGUAUUGUAUUCAAAAGUAAUGGGUGGUAUUUAUAAGGGGUUUCAGUUAAAUUUUAAAAUGUUUAAUGCCAUAGAAGUGGAAGGUGCUGAAAAAACUAAUAUUUGGGAAAGUGUCAAAAUCGAUAAUGUGAAAGAGUUUGAAAAAUUCAAAUUAGUUUCCAAGAUGGUAAAUUUCCAAAUAUUACCUUACGAGAAUGAAGAGAACUCUGAAAUCAUUGCCCAACUGUUGAUAAAUGUAGAUCUUCCCUCCGGAUCUACUACAACCAAUUUGAGAGCAGAUUUUAAAGUCGAUUUAUAUCAAGGUUACAAGCUUUACCCUGAUGGAACGAGUUAUUUUCUGGAUAAAUCCGUUCGAAAGAACGAAAAUACUGAUGGUAUAACGUCAAAGAGAUUACUAAGACACGUUUUUGUUCCGAGAGGUCAAGGAUUUGGUACGAUUUCCUAUAUAGAUAAGAAAACCAAGAAGUCUUAUGAUUUUGAUUUUGCAGGAGUUCCCGUAUGUUAUUUGGACGCAUUGCAGGGAUUGGUUCCGAAUAAGGCAGCUAGCAGAUGGAAUUUUAUGACUUUUCAAGGUCCCUCCUAUUCAGUUCUAUGUCUAGAAUAUACAACGACUGCAAGUUACAAUCACCAAAAAGUCACGAUGUGGUCGAUUAGUAAGGAUAAAAAGAUUGUAUCUAUUGGAUCACAAUUGAAUAAUGAUAGUAUCAUUAAAUUUAAUUCCACUAUAAAAGAUCCUGAGAAUGGUUGGUCGUUCCCUCAGUCGAUCGAAUUUAAUUUUUCAGAUAUGCCCUUAUACAGAUGGAGUGAAGAUAAAUUGCACCUAGUUAACAGAUACGACAUCCUUGGAGAACUGCCCCAGAUCGUGAAAAACAUUGCCUCCGAGAUUGAAGGGGUGCGCCCCUAUCUGUAUCAGUAUUGUCAGCGGUCCAGUUUCCAGGGUGAAGAAGGUGUCUCUAUUGUAGAAUGUACUUUCAUUAGUGAAUAG